UUGUUUUUUGCUCCCAGACUAAAUCCACUUCCCUCUUUAGGUCAGUCUCACGUGGAACUCCUCUCUGGAAACAGAAAGGGAACCAGCUCAAACUUAAGUUGAUUUUCAGCCGUUAAGUUUCUUCUAUUUAUUUUUUUUAAACUUUGACAUCAUGUGUACCGGAAAAUGCUCCCGCUGCAUUGCGGUGGCUCUGUACCCGUUAGCGAUCAUAUCCAUCAUCUGUAACAUCGUGUUGUUCUUUCCUGGCGGAGAGGUCAAGUAUGCCCAAGACGGACACAUUACUGAAGAGGUGAAGUACAUGGGGGGACUCGUUGGAGGGGGUUUAAUGGUUUUGCUCCCAGCACUUUACAUCAACUUGACUGGAAAACCGGGGUGUUGCGCAAAUCGCUGCGGGAUGUUCUUGUCAAUUGCAUUUGCUGCAGUGGGCGUGGCCGGCGCGCUGUACAGUUUCAGUGUCGCAGUGCUCGGCUUGCAGAACGGGCCUCUGUGCAAAGUGAUUCUUAUUUGGACGACACCUUUUAAGGACAGUAACCCCAGUUACCUGACCGAUAAGACCUGGUGGGGGAAGUGCACGGAGCCUAAAAACGUGGUGCAAUUCAACGUUGGACUGUUUGCUACUCUGCUGGCCACGAGCUGUCUGCAGCUGGUCUUCUGCGCCAUUCAGAUGAUCAACGGGCUCUUUGGCUGCCUGUGCGGCACCUGCAUCGACAAAGGGCCUCUGUGAGGUCCUGACAGUUGAGCGGCGCUCCCUGCUGGAAGAUGGAGAGAAGCUUUCCUGCUGCAUGACAUAUUUACUGAUAUCGUGGAUUUUUAUACUUUUUUUGUGCAUCUCACGGUCCUUCAUGUGGUAUUACGCUGAAGUGUUAGCUGUGUAUUCGGUAAGGUUGUCAAAAUGGCAGUGAUUAAUAAUGCAUUCCAAAUAUAUGGUUUAUUUGAAAUAAAUUUGAUGUAAAUAUAAGCCACUCAUUCAAUUCUAUGUAACAUUAUAUGUGGCGUCACACAUUGAUAUUACGCUUUUCCUUUAAUGCACAUUUCUUAAAUAUUUGAAUACAAAGGAUUGCAAAUAAAAUAAAAUGCAGUACAAA